AUGAAAAGUAUUCUAUUUUCAAUUUUGCUUCUAUACUGCAUAACAAUUCCGGAUGUUAAUGGAACAACAAUCACUCGUACCAAGCGUGCAGCAGACUGUUCUUCCACGUAUGAAGCUUGGUCUGAUUGGUCGAAAUGCUCUCUGAACUGUGGAUUCUGUGGUAGACAAAACCGUACCAGAACUUGCAUUCCCGUCAGUGGGUGUAGUGAACCGAUAUGCACGGGAGAUUCAGUAGAAACUCAAAGUUGUGGUUCCGGUGAUAAAAUCUGUUUUUAUCCAAACCCAAACUGCUGUGACCUAAAAUAUAAGAAGACAUUGGAUCUGCCUGGAAAAAGAUUUUAUUGCUCUCUGAGAGAAAAAUCUCGUUUAUCUGUGAAUUCAACCUUUAAUACAACUAAUACUAACUCCGACAGUGAAAUCACAACUCCUGCUAUGACGACAAUUGCUAGCAAUGCAGAUUUUGUUUCAACUACAGUUUCUACUUCAGAUAGCAAGACAAUUGCUCAGAUCACAGCUACCAAAGAUUCCGCUUCUGGAUUGAUGAGCAGUUAUGUUAUUCAUGUUCCGAGUGCAUCUGCUAAUGCAAAAUCGGCAAGAAGUUUUACUACCAAUACUAUGAACACUUCAGGAUCUAUUGCCUACACGUCUACUGUUCCAAGUGCGACUACCAGUGCAACGUCAGCCGAAUAA